UCGACUACGUGGCCGAGUAGAGGGGGGACAUCCGUUGCACGAUUUCGUUACAUAGCAACUCGCAUGAAACGAACUUAAAAACACUUCGCGAUUUAUAGAAGGCUGGUAGUGUUUGAAAGUGCGCAAUUGUUAUAUGUAACGUUUUGCCAUUUCUAUCUACAUGGACAAACAGGGCGAACGAAUUUAUAGAGAAGAGAGUUUAGACGUUUCUGAUAAUGUUUUUGCUUAUCAGACUGUUAUGGGGAAUAUUUUUGGACCCUUUAUAUUCAAAUCAAUCACUAACGAUGGCUGCUGUAAGCUUCGCGGGCUUCUAAUAACCAACUGUCAUCGUCAUAAGGAGAAGAGCGAGGCAUUUGGGAGAAGUAAUUAGUCAAUGUUGUUAGCCUUCUAACACCAAGUGCAAUCUGAGUGAACGUGCAAUUAAUUUUCAUUUUACUUCCCCGCAAAUCUCGAUUCUAACAGGUAAACAAAUCCAAGACUUCUAAACUAUGGCUGUAACAUGAUGGCGCAAUAUGGCGCCAUUACCGCCUGUCUAAUAUUUUUGUCGAGCCUGUUGGUCGCUCAGGACAGCAACAAUUGUCCCAGUUUUGCCAUAAACCCUUCCUGUCCGUGUUACAACUUCGAAGAUGGCAUAUUCCUGGAGUGCCCGGCUGCCACGGCCCACUCGAUCCAUUCCGUUCUGCAAGUCGUAUCUGGACCCAUCCAAUCGCUCAGCAUCUACGACUUGGACAAAUCCAUCACCAGACUCACGCCCGAUUUAUUCCCGGACGGGACCGUCAUUAGACACUUUCAGAUAACACAAUCCAACCUGGAAGACCUGCACGACGACUGCUUCCUAACUCUCCGGCCUUUUCUCGAGUCUCUCAGUUUCGUUUCGGGAAAGCUCAGGGAGAUUCCUCAGAAGACGUUUUCCGGACUGGUGAAACUGAUAGCGUUAAACCUCGAGUCAAAUCUGAUCAGCGAUCUGCCCAGUUACAGUUUCUACGGACUGCACCUGAUCAAAUUGAAUUUAAAGGGAAACCUUAUCAAAAAAGUGUCCGAAUACGCCUUUGCCGGUUUAGAAGAUACCCUUUCCGAACUGGACAUGGCCGAAAACAAGCUGAAACAGUUCCCCAUGGCCGCAUUCAGGAGACUGGAACGAUUAAAAAUGCUGAGACUGGCAUGGAACGAAAUCAGUUCUUUUCCGGACGACGGCUAUUCAAAACUCGACUCGCUGAUGUUCUUAGAUAUGAGUUCUAACAAUUUCGAAAGCUUAAAGGAAGAUUGUUUUCGACCGAGUCCGUCCAUAAGAACGCUAUCGCUUUACUAUAACGUCAUAGAGAGCGUGCACCACAGUGCUUUCGUGUCCCUCUUGGAACUCGAGACCGUCGAUCUGAGUCACAACAAAAUUGUCUUCUUAGACAAAAGAACUUUCCAGUCUAAUAAGAAAUUACGAUCGAUAGACAUCAGUCACAAUCAUAUACAUUACAUAGGCGGACUGUUCGCCCGAUUGCCGGAUUUGAAGGAGCUGUUCCUGUCGGAAAAUAACAUCCUGGAGAUUCCGAGGAACGCGUUCACCGACUCGUCCGAAUUGUCCGUGAUAUAUCUGCAGCAGAACGCCGUCAGGCACAUUGAUCCCGUCGCAUUCGAAACGCUAGUAAACCUGGCUCAAUUACACCUAAGCUCCAACUUCAUCCCCUUAAUCCCGAGGACACUAUUCCAUAACAAUAGAAACCUUACGUCUUUAAGUCUCGAUAGCAACUGGAUCGGAGAUUUGGAACCGGGCGUUUUUGAUAAGGUCAUUAAUUUACGCGAAAUACGGCUUCACAAUAAUAGAAUUAGGAACGUGUACAGGGGCGUUUUUCACCCCUUGCCCGUACUACUCGAAUUGCAUCUGCAAUACAAUCAAAUAACGUCUAUCGAUUCGGGAUCGUUCCACAGCCUGCUCAGUCUCCAGCACGUGAAUCUCCAAGGGAACAUGCUGUCCGAAUUAGGGGAUGUUUUUCUGCGCGAAUCUUCUUCCCUGGUCUCCAUCCAGCUGGACGCCAACAGAAUAGUAAACCUUCACAAUGAUUCCCUUAGAGGACAGUCGAGCGUCCAGAUAAUGUGGCUAGGGCAUAAUAAAUUAACAAGGAUAGACAGAGCCCUUUUCAGCGAUCUGCUGCUCAUCCAGAGGGUCUACCUGACCAAUAAUAGCAUCUCUCACAUCGAAGAGAAGGCCUUUGAACCCAUGCAGUCCCUUAAGUUCCUAGAUUUGAGCAUUAACAAGCUCAAAUCUGUCACCACCAAAUCAUUUUGCGAGCUUCACGAACUCGAAGAGCUGAACUUGUCAAGUAACAGGAUAACGUUUAUCGAACGACGGGCGUUUUCUAAUUUAAAGAAGCUCCGCAUACUGGACUUGUCUCAUAACAAUCUCGACGUAAUCCAUUCGGAAAUAUUCCAGGAACCGUUGCCGAUUAGGGUCCUGAACGUCAUGAAUUGUUCUAUAAAUAAAGUGGAGAAAGACGCGUUCAAGAAACUGAAUAAUCUAAACGAGUUGAACUUGGCGCAUAACAACUUGACGUCGUCGGAAGGGCUACUCAACUUGGAUAUUCCCGGACUGCGGGUUCUCAAGGUGUCUCACAAUUAUUUCCGGGAAGUAACCGAGGACGCGCUAAGUGGAUUACCAUCCCUCCAGUCCAUUUACCUGGAUCACUGCGACAUUGAAGUGUUGCCGAAGAACACAUUCGCCAAUAACAAAAAUUUAUUGACCAUAGAUCUGACCGGUAACCAAUUGAGUGAACUUUUGCACAGCACCUUCUUGACUUUAAACGUCAUCAGAGAUUUGAAAUUAUCCAAAAACGCAUUUACCGAGCUGCCCUACACGGCGCUUCUUAACAUAUCCACACUGAUAAGCCUUUCAUUGUCGUUUAAUAAGAUGUCGAAUUUGGAGUUGUCGCGACUCAACGGCCUGCCGAAUCUGAAAGAGUUGGACAUCAGCCACAACGAAAUUUCUUCACUGUCGGGCUUCGCGGUAGCAAACUUGACUCAGCUGGUGUCCGUGGACUUGAGUUUCAACUCGCUAAUGGCCCUUCCCGUCAACUUCUUCCACCGCUCCGUUAAUUUAAGAAGGAUCGACCUGUCGAACAAUAAAUUUCGUCAGAUUCCCACCGGAAGUUUAUCGCAGCAGACGCUACCAAAUUUGACGUGGCUGAACCUGACAGGGAACCCGAUAACGAAGCUGCACGACACUGCAACAUCCCACAAGUAUCCGUCGUUGGAAGAGAUUCACAUAAGCGCCACCAACUUAUCGUUACUCACCAGUAAAGAUUUCGAAUCGUUCCCUAUACUUUUGCACGUAUUCCUGGAUCACAACAGGAUCUCGAGGAUAUCGCCGGGCGCGUUCAGCAACCUACCCCAGCUUCUUACGUUAGACUUGGGGGUGAACGAUAUCGAACUCCUUCCGCAGGAACGCCUGAAAGGCUUAACUCACUUACGUUUAUUGAAUCUAACAAGGAACCGACUCAAAGAGCUGGAAGAUUUCCCCGCGGACCUGCAGUCAUUACAGGUUCUUGAUGUAUCUUACAACCAAGUGGGCAGGAUCAGUAAAACCACCUUCCGCUACUUGGAGAACUUAGCCGAGCUCUACCUUUUCGGGAAUUGGAUAACUUCCGUAUCCGUAGACGCUUUUAAACCUCUCAAGAAACUCAGAACUCUCGACAUCAGCAAAAACUAUUUGGAGAACAUCCCUUUAAACGCAUUUAGACCACUCGAAACUCAGAUACGUAGUUUAAGGACAGAAGAGAACCCGAUCUCCUGCAGCUGCGAAUCGCAAGAGUUCUGGGAAUGGUUGCAGGAUCAUCAGAAGCUGGUGCAAAUCGCCACGAGAAAGGACCUCCGCUGUGAGCAGCCUCCGGAGUUGAGAGGACGCAUAUUUUUGGACUUGAUCCCUGAGCAAUUUUGCGACAAACCUUUGGUAGUAAAACUGGGCAUCCAAGACAUUCAACCGUACUCCGUCUUGGUAUCUUGGCAAAGCAGGAACCACUCGGGUCUGAAUGGGUUUCAAGUGGCCUUCUACGCACUUGAUAGCGUCAGUGACAUACGCGGAAAAAUCCUAGACAGUUCGUCUCGUUCCACUAGAGUAACCGGGUUGUUCCCGUCAUCUCGGUAUCUGAUUUGCGUAAUAGCCCUAGGGAACUGGAUAACUAGGAGAAGUGAACUUGCGGCGUCCCACGUAAUCACAAACAAUUUCGUGAAUCAUUCUGAACCGUCGGACUUAGAAGUAUAUAGUGAUAGGUUGAUGCCCCUGCUGGUGGAUUCCCCGACGAGUAAGUGCGAGGAAGUGGGGACUUUGGACACGUUAGAAGGCAUUCCCGACGGACUCGGAGGCUUUUCCGAACACGGCACCGACGUACAGUCGAUUCUGACCAGGAGAUUAGGACUUAUAAUCGGUUGCUGCAUGGGAUUUGUAGUGUUCAUAGUUCUUGUGUCGGUGUUGGGAUAUUUGAAGCUGAAGAAACAAAGAAGGGCCAUCAAAAGGGACCAACCGAACGUACCGCCGGAAUAUUUAUCGUAUCGGCAUUUUUCCAUACAAAGUGGCGAAGCAGGAGGUCAAGGAGCCCAUCCCCGAUUUAUCGAAAGUAUUAACACAACGUCUUUUAAUUAAACUUAAUUAAUAAAAAUGCAGUGAUACGAUCUAUAAACAUUUACUUAUGAUACGAAAUUUAAAAACAAAAACGAAUUUUUUAUGACAAAGGAAUACAAAAACAACUUUUAAUUAUAACGUUAUUAAGAGUACUUAGAUAUAAAGUUUUUAUUGAAACAAAAAUAUCGAAUCGAAAAUACAGAUAGUAUCUAUAUUUAAUGAAAACACUCAUCUAGCAAAUCACUUACUUUUAUUUAUAACGUGAAACAAAAUGUAAUGUCAACGAAUUUCUAUUUGCAUCAAAACAAUGUAUCAAAAAAACAAAAAACUGUCGUUAAAAACAAAUGAUAAUGACUUUUGGAGACAUUACGUGUUCAUUCACUGUUUGUAAGUGUUUACCUUUCACUCAGAUUAAUUUAUCAAUAACUAAUUAGUGAAGUUAUCUAUUAAUGUCGAUGUGUAGAAAAUACAGAAAAAUCCCUCAAAACUGAAACGAUGUUAUAGUAACAUUUUCUGUUCACACUUCAAAAAAAAAAAUAAUAAAAAAUAAAAUAAAAAUCAAGACCUUUUUGUGACAUUGUAAAUAACACUAACAAGUAAUUAAUAAAAAUUGUUUCCAAUUAU